GCCCUACAGACACUCGUGCGAGCCUGCAAUUGCCAGGAGCUGACGGCGGCGCAGCAUGCAGAACUCCUAGUGAGAGACGCCUUCGUCACGGAGACCAGAAGUAGGAGAUCAAUCUGUCUCAACAUGAAGCAUUCCCAAUGGAAAAGUAGAUUACUGCCUACUUUUGUUCUGAGUGCUUUUAUCACCCUGUCUUCUGCAAUUAAUAUAUUGGUUGUACCUGUUGAUGGAAGUCAUUGGGUCAAUAUGAGAAUCCUGGUAGAAGAACUGAAACUUCAUGCACAUAACAUUAGCAUCAUUUAUCCAUCUGCAUCUUGGUAUAUCAAAGAAAAGCCUGACCUUUAUCAAUCCAUUGUGGUCCAAAUGGAACAAUACCUUGGGCAAAAUGAAACAGAAACAUUGUUUCAAAAUUAUGCACAAAAGUUACUGAUGGUUUUAAGAUAUGGAACGACACCUUGGGCACAUUUUCAACUGCGAUAUCAGCUAUGGUAUGCAUUACACCAGUAUCAUCAACGUAGUGCACACAUUAUUGAUGGGAUAUUCAAAAACAAACCUGUUUUAAAGCAACUUGAAGAUGCUAAAUUUGACUUGGUACUUACAGACCCUGCUUCUAUCUCUGGCUCAAUGAUUGCUUAUUAUUUAAAAGUCCCACUGGUGUAUAAUGUGCGCUGGUUUAUCAGUGGGGAAGCCCAUUUCCUCUUAGCUCCAUCGCCAGCAUCCCAUACCCCAAUCCCUGGUUCCCAAUUGACAAAUAAAAUGACCUUUCUUCAAAGAAUGCAAAAUGUCAUUCUAUAUAUUAUUCAGAUCACUUUAAGUGACUACUUAAUUUAUCCCAUCUAUGAAAAAGUUUGCCACCAGUUUUUGGGACCAGACACAGAUAUCAAUACAAUUCUCAUGAAGGCUGAUGUAUGGUUGAUGAGAGUUGAUUUUGUAUUUGAAUUCCCAAGACCCACCAUGCCAAAUAUUGUGUACGUUGGAGGCUUCCAGUGUAAACCAGCCCAACCACUAGCAGCAGAGUUUGAAAAGUUUGUUCAAAGUUCAGAGAAACAUGGUCUUAUUGUAAUGUCAUUGGGGACAUAUAUUGGUUUUUUACCAAUGCAGAUUACAAUGGAAAUAGCUGAGGCAUUUGCUCAGAUACCCCAAAAGGUGAUUUGGAGAUAUGAUGGAGAAAUCCCUCCCAAUAUAGGUAAUAAUACAUUAAUGACAAAAUGGUUCCCUCAGAACGACCUUCUGGGACAGCCCAACACACGGGUCUUUAUUUCUCAUGGUGGUACCAAUGGUAUUUACGAGGCCAUCUACCACGGGGUGCCAGUGAUAGGCAUGCCUCUUAUUUUUGACCAGUUUGACAAUUUACUUCGAUUGGAAUCCCGAGGUGCAGCAAAGGUGCUUAAUGUUGCAACCAUGCAUUCAGCAGAUCUAUUGCAGGCAAUUAAUGAGGUGGUAAACGGCACAUUUUACCGGGACAACAUGAAGAAACUCUCUGCUCUCCACCGGGACCAACCGGUAUCGCCAAUGGAGCGAGCCAUUUUCUGGAUUGAGUAUGUUGCCCGACACAAAGGAGCAGGGCAUUUGCGCUCUGAAUCCUACCGACUCCCCUGGUACGUUUACCACUGUGUGGAUGUGAUUGUCUCUCUGUUCUUCGUGUUACUCAUGGUCACAGUGCUGGUGAUUGUAGCACUGAAGAAACUUUGUAACAUUGCAUGGAAGAAGAAGAAGAAGCAAAAAACUCAAUGAGGCUUCUCCUGUUGAAUUAUGAGAGAAUAUUCAGUUUUGUCAAAAUAUAACAAUAUUUUAAACCAGCAUCAUACAGGCCUAUUUCUUUAUUGAAUACGGAUUAUAAAAUAAUAGCAAAAAUUUUAUCAAAUAGAUUAUCUAAAUAUUUACCAAAAUUAAUACAUAUGGAUCAAACAGGAUUUAUUAAAAAUAGACAAUUGGUAGAUAAUGUAACUCGGCUACUCAGUAUAAUUCAUUUGGCACAAAAAAGGGAUGAGAAGAGUAUAGUAGUAGCUUUGGAUGCAGAAAAAGCAUUUGAUAGAUUAGAAUGGGAUUUUUUAUUUAAAGUACUAGAAAAAUAUGGGUUAGGAACAUCUUUUAUAAAUUGGAUCAAAACUUUAAAUUCUAACCCUAAAGAUAAAGUAGUGACAAACUCUGAAAUUUCAACACCAUUCCAGUUAAAAAGGUCAACUAGACAAGGUUGUCCACUAUCACCUGCUUUAUUUGUAUUGGCAAUAGAGCCAUUAGCAGAACUAAUUAGAAUUGAUACAGAUAUUAUGGGUUUUAGAGUUAAUCAGGAGGAAUAUAAAAUUAAUCUUUUUGCCGAUGAUGUUUUGAUCUAUUUAACAAAUCCACAACAUUCGUUACAUAAAUUAUCUUCUAGAUUGGAUGAAUAUGGGAAGGUAUCAGGUUACAAAAUAAAUUGGGAUAAAAGUGAAAUUUUACCUCUUACUAAAGGAGACUAUAGUCAAUAAGUAACCCAAUUUAGAUGGCCGGUAAAUGGUAUAAAGUAUUUAGGUAUAAGACUUGAUAAUGAUAUAAAGAAUUUAUAUAGCUUUAAUUAUUUACCACUAUUGAAAAAAAUUCAAGAAGAUCUUGACAAAUGGAUGAUAUUACCAAUAACAUUAGUAGGUAGAGUCAAUGUUGUAAAAAUGAAUAUAUUUCCUAGAUUACAGUAUUUGUUUCAAACAUUACCAAUACAAUUGCCACAGAAAUUUUUUCAAGAGUUAAAUAAAUGUGUGAGAAAAUUUCUUUGGAAAGGUAAAAUGUCAAGAAUAUCAUUGGAAAAAUUGACAUGUAAAUUUGGGUUAGGAGGGUUACAACUUCCAAACUUUAAAAACUAUUAUAAAGCAAAUCAACUUAGAUUUAUUGCAUCUUUCUUCGAUGAUCGAAAACCAGCAUGGAUUAAAAUAGAACUAGACAAGAUAGUAGAAAAUAGACCUGAAGAUUUUAUAUAUAAAUGGGAAUCUAAAUCGAUACGGGAAAAGAAAGAAUCUCCUAUAUUAACACAUUUGAUUGAUCUAUGGAAUAAGAUAAAUGUUGAUAAUGAAACACAGAAAUCUCUAUUAGCAAGGAGACCUUUGUUCCAAAACAGACUUAUUCCUUUUACAAUGGACAAUCAACAAUCAACUUUUAUAUAAAUGGUACCAAAAAGGGAUUAAAUUUAUAGGAGAUUGUUUUGAACGAGGUAUAUUGAUGUCAUUUGAACAAUUAAAGGAUAAAUAUAAAAUAUCUAAUAAUACUUUCUUUUGUUACUUUCAAUUAAGGGCUUACUUAAAAGGUAAGCUGGGUCAAACAAUGUUUUUGCCAAAACCUAAUGAAAUUGAAAUUUUAAUUCAAAAAGGGAAAAUUAAAAAAUUUAUUUCUUGUAUGUAUAAUUUGAUUCAAGAACAGACAAUUAAACAAGGAACCCAUAAGUCAAAGCAAAAAUGGGAAACAGAUCUGAAUAUUACUAUUGAUGAAACAAAUUGGUCAAGACUUUGUCUUGACAGUAUGACAAAUACAAUAAAUGUUCGACUUAGAUUAGUACAAUAUAAUUUUUUACACCAAUUAUAUAUUACACCGCAAAAAAUAAAUAGAUUAAAUUCAAAUCUAUCUGAUAAAUGUUUUCGGUGUAAUCAAGAAAUUGGUACUUUUUUACAUUCUACUUGGUCUUGUUUUAAAAUUCAACCCUUUUGGAUAAAUUUAAGAAUCUUAUUGGAACAAAUUCCUGCAACUCAACUUCCACAUAACCCUGUAUUAUUUUUAUUAGGUGAUAUUGAAGGGAUAAAACCGAAACUUAAAUUGAAUAAAUAUCAGAAAGAAUUUAUAAAAAUUGCAUUGGCAGUAGCUAAGAAGACUAUAGCAGUUACUUGGAAAUCUGAUUCGUAUUUAAGUAUGGAUCGUUGGAAUAAUGAAAUGGCUAGUUCUAUUCCACUCGAAAAAAUUACUUAUAAUUUAAGAGAUAAAUAUGUAACAUUUUUGAAUAUUUGGCGCCCUUAUUUACAAAAGAUAGGAUGGCAUAUUUAAGUGCUCCGAUAAAGACUUUGGUCACUUGGGGAAAGUAACGAAUAAUUAUACAAAAUUUAUUUUGAAUCCCAUGGAGCAUGUGGAAACCUUCCAAUACCCAGGCGGCUCUUUUCUUUUUUUUCUUUUUUUUCUUUUUCUUUCUUUUUAGGUAGGACUAUAUAUGGGGGGGGAAGGGUAGAUUCUAUUUUUUCAUGUAUUCUUUUUGAAAAUUCAAUAAAAAUUAUAUUUAAAAAAAUAUAACAAUAUUUUGAAGUUAUUAUUAAUCGGUCCUUGUGGAUAGCUUUUCAUUGAUUCCCCCAGCUUUGUAGCCCCAGCUUCACUCCCACCUUUAACAUGUAUCCCUUUCUACUAUUGUGAAUUAUAAUAAUGGCUAUUCAGAAAUUAUAACAUAUGGUUAAUGAAUGUAGUUGCAAACAACAAAAUUAAUAAACUUAAUGGGAUAUGAAUGAACAUGCUUUUCAGAUACUAGUCAUUCAAGAUUGGAAUAAGACUUUAUGUGUGCACAUGACCUAUUCUAAGAAUCUCUAUUCCCUUUUCCCACAACCAUACCAUCCGCUAACUAAUAGCCAAUGGGCAAAUCUUGUUGUUUCUCUUGUACUCUCUAACAUAACUGCUACUGGAGUUGCCUAUGCUUUGCCAUGUUAAAUGCUUGUCUAUUGAAUAGGUUUUUCCCCAGCUAUUUCCUCAAUAGUUCAAAGUUCAAAGUAAAGUUAUUAUCAAAGAACACGUUGUAUUAUUUGUCACUAUAUAUUACCCUGAGAUUCAUAGAAUCUUUGAAAGUGAGUCGAUGAGUUGUGGCACGAGUUAGUUUUGAGGUGAGUGAAGUUAUCUACUCAAGUUCAAGAGCCUGAUGGUUGAGGAGUAAUAACUGUUCCUGAACCUGGUGGUGUUGGAUCUAAUGCUCCUAUACCUCUUUCCUGAUAGCAGAAGCAAGAAUAGAAUCAUGAUAGAAAAUUUAAUGUAUAGUUUGGACUAGUUAACUUAAGGAGAGUUCAAAUAGACAAAAUGUUGACAUCUUAGUUCAGCUUAUUUCAGUUUCUGUGAUGUCACUUUGAUGAAAAACUUUACCUAGAAAGAGUGGAGCACUUCAGCAUUGGGAGGAAUGAUGGGAAGUGGAUGUGUUGCAUUGCCUGUAGUUCCAAGUUCAGAGAAACUUUAUUACCAGAGUAUAUACUGUAUACUGUAUGUCAGCAUAUACUAGUCUGAGAUUCAUUUUCUUGUGGACGUUCAUAGGCCAAAAAUACAAUAGAAUCAAUGAAAAGCUACACACAAAGACUGACAAACAACCAAUGUGCAAAAGAAGACAACCUGUGCAAAUACAAAAAAAAAUAGUAUUGUUGUAGAGUCCUUAAAAGUGAGUCCUUAAAUUAGAACAACAUACAUCAAAGUUGCUGGUGAA